AUCUGUUUCUUUUUCACGCGUGCAAAGCGCGAUACAGUGUUCUCGAAAUAGCGAAAGGAUUUAUAGAAUAAUUUUAUUUUUGAUUGACGCAAAUUUUUUCAUUUUCUUCGAAAUGACAAGAAUUAUUGAGGGCAUUUGAAAGUUUGCGAAUAUCAUCGCGACGUAGCACAGCUGUCGAAAGCGACGAUACUUUAAUAGAAUGAAGGUUGAUGAUGGGAUUGCCGAGUUUUCACAUGCUUUCGAAAUAAAUAGUAGUACGGUAAACGUGAGUAACGCUACUUUACUCGGAUGAGAAAAUUGGCACGGUAAUAACGGCCGACACGAUGCAGCUGUUUGCCGACGAAAGUUUCCUGGUGAGUGCAUCCUCACAUACAUGGAGUUUCAGUUGGAUAGCGCAGAAUACUGCCAGGCUCAACACAAAUAGAGAGAGAGAGAGAAAGAGAAAGAUACACGCCCACAUAUUCCCUGACAAUUAUUAGAUAUCAUUAAACUGAAAAAAGGGAGAGAGGGAGAGAGAGAGAGAGAGAGAGAGAGAAAGGAAGAAUAGAAACACCUUGGAGGGAGGAGAUAGAAAAAUAUUAAAGUAGUAGAAAAUUAUACACCGGGGAAGCCAGAAAAAUCAUCAACUAGUCAUCACGCAAGACAUAGACGAAUUUAAUAGAAAUUAUUAAUUUACCUUAGUAGAUGCAAACAUCAUAGAUACUGAGCGCACCUGUCACAGGAGCACCCGGUGCCAAAUAGGUAAUCUUCCGUGAAAUAUUAGUCAAAAAAUUUCCAGUGGGAAGAAUAAAGCGCAUAUCAACAUCGCCUAAUGUGACCUAACCCUUGUUUUUUUGGUCAAGUUUACACCCAGACAACCCUUCCUAAAAUCUACAUGUAAACACCCACGAUUCUAUCCUCUGUAAAAAAAUAAAAUUUCUAUUAGUUAAAUGAAAAACAACUUUAUAAGACUGACAUUUAAUGGGCUAAGUUGUCAAAUCCAGCCUUUGUCGAUUCGUAUAGUGUGGUACACGUACGAGAUUCUAAGAACGAGAGAGACAAAUUGAACGAGAUCUUUAAGAGUUAAAAACAAGAGGUGAUAAAUAUAUAAUCAUCUCUCUGUGGUUAAAAAGGAGAUGAGCAACAUGAGGGUGAAGGAUAUCAGACCGGCGCCCGCCGAGAUUGAAUACAAAAACAUGAAGUUCCUCAUUACCGAUCGGCCCAAUGAUCAAACCAUCCAUACUUUUAUUCAAGAACUGAAAAAGCACAAUGUAAAGGAGGUGGUAAGAGUCUGCGAACCAACGUACAAAGUAGAGGAACUCAAAUCAGAAGGGAUCAAUGUGAUAGAUUUGGUAUUCGAUGACGGUACAUUUCCACCAAACGAGGUGGUGGAUGUAUGGUUUGAGCUGCUGAAGAACCGAUUCCGAGAAUCGCCUGACGCAUGUGUAGCGGUGCAUUGUGUCGCAGGUCUUGGCAGAGCACCGGUCUUGGUUGCGAUAGCUCUCAUUGAACUUGGACUAAAGUUCGAAGAUGCUGUUGCCCUUAUCAGAGAAAAAAGACGAGGCGCCAUUAACGCGAAGCAGUUAACUUUUCUUGAAAAAUAUCGUCCUAAGUCUCGAUUGAAGCUCAAGAACGGACAAAAAAAUUCUUGCUGUAUCCAAUAGAUCAAAGAACAUUUAGAAAAGAAGAAGAGAAGAUGGAGGGAAAAGUCACUAUGUAAUUAAUACUGAUCGGUAUAAAUUUGUAGAAUUUUGCGCCUGACAACAAGUGGCAUAUUGUAGCAAAUCUGUUCUGAAUGGUCUAUCACUGGAAAUGCAACGGUGAUAAGUAUCUAUCCAACUGACUUUAAGGCAUCAUAUUUUACAUUACCUAAUUUUAUAUUCCGAGAUGAGUCAUUAAUAGGGAGACUUGCUUCAAAAUAUAUCGUUGCUAUUUUCUUUUGUGAAAAAAAAACCUAUGUUAUUUUUGAUACUUGAUCAAUAUUGACAAUGAAAGAACAAAAGUUAAGUCUUGAAAUGGUAAUAACUAUUUUUUAAAAAUUGACUAUAUUAUUGCCAUUUAGCCUUACUAAUUUGUAAAUCAUGACGCGAGAGUUAUUCAUACAUGUACAAAUUCGUACAUUAUGAAAUAUAUAUUUAUCUUUUUCUCGAUAUGAGAUCAAAAUUCUUUAUAAAUAAUUGUAAUGAAUGGAAAGAGAAUAUGAUUUGUCUAUUUAUAGAAAAAUGAAAAAAUGUAGGAAAAUUGUAAUUGUAACGAAUGUAACACAUCCAAAACAUUAUCAAUUUGUUAUUUUAUUGAGAUAGUAAAUUAUGUUGCAUUUGUGAUACACACACACACACACACACACACACACACACACACAUAAUACACACACACACAGAAAGAAAAAGGAAAUUAUAAUUUACAAAUAUAAUCUAAAAAAUGUGUGUAUUAUAAAAUGAACGAUUGUAAAAUUACAUUUCAAAAUGGAAUAAGAUUAUUAUAAAGAAGCAAACAUGUCUUUAUAAAAUGUCAAGAUGUGUAAAAAUAUAUCUGGAAUCGGAAAUUAAUAUCUAUGUAUGUAUAAUUUUUUUUUUUAAAGAAAAAUUAAAUUAAUCUGCUUUGAAAGAAAGAUAGAGAUGGA